UACAGAUUUUUUAAUAUACAUCAAGACAAUCAUAUUAUGAUGAAUGUAUUAUCGAAGAAUUUGUUUGAGGUGUGUGAGUGUGUCAGAUUGGGGGCAGUGUGUAGAUAGGAUUUGAUAAAAUGGAUUGAGGGAGCGGCAACGUCCGCCACUCGUUCCUCAUUUCCAUUUUCCACAGUUUAAAGAGCUCCAAACCAACAAGACUACUUUAUCCAAUCCCUUCCCUCAACUCCUUUUGUUCUGGUCUUGAAGUUUAUUAUACUGUAUUCCCUCGUAUUCCAUCAAACUCUCUCUAAUGGCAAUGGCUUCCUUUUCAUCUACUUGCCUCGGAUUCCGCAUACCUCUCAACCAAGCUGCCAAGACCAACCAGAACCAGUGUCAGGUUCUCAGAAGAAGCUCCGCCGGGGCCGGUGGAUUGCUCAAGAGUAAUGGUUUCCGUCUUGUCACUCACAGAACCUCCCAAUCCCACCUGCGUGUCUCUUGUGCGGCAAAACCAGAAACAGUUGAUAAGGUGUGUUCAAUUGUGAGGAAACAAUUGGCUUUGCCUGAAAGCUCAGAGCUCACCCCUGAAUCCAAGUUCUCAGCUCUUGGUGCCGACUCCCUCGACACAGUGGAGAUUAUUAUGACCUUGGAGGAAGAAUUUAGCAUCAAUAUCGAAGAGGAUAACGCUCAGAACAUAACGACAGUUCAAGAAGCUGCCGAUUUGAUUGAGGACCUUGUUGUUAAGCAGCAAUCUUAACUCUUAAGCUACCAAAGACUAGCUUUUGGUAAGUUAAAGUUGUAUUAUUCCGAGAGGCAGAUGAUAAGAGUUGGGUUGAGUAGGCAGGAUGUUAUUUUUUCUCCUUGAAUGAUUUUUUAAAGCAAAUUAAUCUACUUGUACUCGUGGAAUUUAUGAACAAAAACCAUUUCGAUUUGUUUUUCAAUCUGUACAAGUUCAACUUGUUAGCUUGAAA